GUCUGGGAACCAGACUAACGUCAAAGUCCACAUGAACGACAGCCAUCCGCACAUAACGGUAUAUCGCACAUAACGUUACCACCACUCCAGUUUGCAGUUUAAGUUCCGAUUUCUGCCGAUUAAUUUAAACGUACUUUGCCAGAGUGGAACCUUUGUUCAGGAUGCAGCGGAACGAUUUCUACCAACUAAGCGGCCAGCAACAGCAGGGAUAUGCACCUGGCAUGCCUGGAGCCGUUGGUGUCGAUACACUGGAUAGUCAGGAAAAGAAGAUCCAAGAGCAACAGAGAAUGAUACAACAACAGAUGGCACCAGCCGUCACCAAAGCGCCCCCUAUCCAGCCGCAUCAGAAACUCAAUGUCAUCAGCAGCAGACAGGCCGAUGCCAUACGCAGCGGAAACGACUUGGGGAAUACCGGAUGCCCCAACCUGCUCAUUGCAAAGAGCGCCCCCAAAAAGGUUGACACCGAGCUGAUCGAGAGUUUCAUGAUGGGCGACAAGAACCCGGUGAUGGCGCUCAACGAGUUUUGUCAGAAGCAGCGGCUGAUGGUCAAGUUUCAAGAGGACAUGGCCACAAGUUGGGGGACCAUGUGCAACCCGAAGUUUGCCUCUGUCGCUAUAGUUGAUGGUGUUCGGCAUAAGCAGGGUGUCGGAAGGACAAAAAAGGAAGCCAAAACCCAGGCGGCCAAAGUAGCCCUGUCGACGCUCUUAGGCUUAACCCCGGACGACGUCCAGGAUCAAGAUACCGGCACGGCCAUUUAUGACAGCUUCGGCCGUAAAAUUGUCCUCCACGAAGAACAGCCCGUUAGCCAAACCAUGACGGCUCGCCCGUCCACGGAAAAGGGCUUUAGCGCUGGGGGUCACUAUCAGGUCAACUACAACACCGCGCCGACGAUAACGUCAGAAGAUGCCUGGAACGUGGCCAAGCCGGCGAACUACGCGGAGUACCAGGUGAAGAUGGCGCAGCAAGCUAAGGAACAAGCUCAAGCUGGUAAAAAGAAAGAGCAGCCGGCCCAACCGACACCCCAGCAGCUGGCCCAACCGACACCCCAGCAGCCCUCCAACCUCAGCUUUGGCAGAGGGGUUCUAAAUCCUUCCAUUAUCAACAGUUGCCUUCCGGGACAAACCCCUGGUUACCAGCCACGGGCCACCAGUGUCCAGCAGGCUCCGGGGAAGAGCCCGCCGCAAACGCAGGGUGGUGUACGCAGCCCAGCGCAAACUCAGCAAGCUGCGAGUCCAGCUUCAGCUGUUUCCGGGUACUGGCCGCAAGCAAAUCCCAUCAGCCAAUCAGCUUCGGGGUCAGAGUUUACAGGAGUUGCACUGAGUGGCAGCAGUCAGCAGGAUUCAUAUGACUUCCAGGCCGAUUUAGAGUCCGACCCUUUCCCAAAGCUGUCCAGUGCCAAAAUGGCAUCUGCGAAACCAAGCCAAAGUGCGAGUUCGAUCCAGAAGCCAGUCAGCCAGUACAAGCCGUUUGUAAACGAAUCAGUCUAUGAUCCUCAAGCCGAAAUGCGAACAAGCCCCUUUCCGCAAUUUGGGGUCCAACAGAAGCAACCAACCCUUAAAGUCCUUGGCCAACCUCCAGCACAAUCAAUAUCCUCGACGAGGGACCCUAAACCAUCAUCAUUAUCAACAUCGCAGAGUACGAGUCUGUACCAGACCCAAACAUCUCUGCCAAGACAGACUGUCUCUGAUCCCACUUCUGCCACCAAAUUGAAGCAUCAACCAGGAAGUUACCAACCUACGCACAAACCUCAUGCGCCGGUCUCCUACCCCACGUACCAACCCCAAGGUCCUCAACACCAGCCCCCAAACCAGCUCCACACCCCAACCCAACCCCAACCCCAGGCCCCUUCCCAUCAACCCCUCCCCCAGGCCACCAACACUUCACCCCCCUUGACUGGUGGACUGACCGUGGCUGACCAGAUUGCCCAGACAGCCAGAUCCAUCCCCCGCGUCGGAUCGCCCUUUCCAGGGUGCACCAAGAUUGAGGCUCGUAGGAGCCUCGCCGCAAUUUUGUUACAAAGAAACCCACAAGCGAAGCAUGAAAUUGUCGGUCUUGGUACAGGCAACGGUGCCAUCACUGGACGUAAUAUUACCCCCGACGGGCGUGCUAUCCUGGAUCUGGACGGACUGACCAUCGCCCGACGGGGUCUGCAAAGAUACCUGUAUCGCGAAUUGAAAAACUUCUACGAAGGCAAUCAGCAGGCAACAGUGUUCACCAUCCAACGAUCGAGUCGUUUAUUGACGCUCAAGGAAGGAGUCACGUUUCACCUGUACCUGAAUGCCGCGCCGUGCGGUGACGCGGCGCGCUUUGUGCGCGAUUGCCCGCCAACCAUCACGGAGGAAGACCUGUAUCUGAUGGCCUGCGGGGCCCACUACCCGAUGCAACAGCCCGAUACGGCCCAGGGAAAACUCACGGCAGUCGGUCAAGACGGCACUCCAGUUGCAGUGGAUGAGUUACCCCAUGUGGGAUCAAUCGACAUGGCAAAGAAACAGAACCCACUGCGUGUGAUGUCGAGCAGUGACAAGUUGCUACUGUGGAACAUCGUUGGCCUCCAGGGGGCGCUGCUCAGCCAAUUCAUGGAGCCAGUGUAUCUGGAAACGAUCACCUUAGGUAGUAACUAUGAUCACGGUCAUCUAGCGCGGGCUGUGUGUUGUCGAGUGGACGAUGACCUCACCGAGUUGCUGCCCCUGGGUUAUAGCGUCCACCAUCCCCUGAUCGGCCGCGUCUCCAACAAGCCCCACGUUGAGGAUGACUUCAAGACGGGCACCAGUCUCAACUGGUCGUUUGCCGACAGCCUGUACGAAGUGGUCGACGUCAAAAGAGGAAAAUGUACAGAGAGUUCCCCAUUCAAAAGCGGCGCGUCAGGGGCAAGCAGGGUGUGCAAAGCCGCGUUCUACAGUCGCUUCAAGAAUGCGUGUGGCAUGGCGCAACGCUACGAUCUGCAACAAGGGGCCAGCUAUCAUGAAGCCAAAAUGAUGUGCAAGGACUACCAGAAUGCCAAGAAGCACUUGGCUCAGCAUCUGAAACAGAAGGGCUACGGCUCAUGGCUACAUCUGCCGGCUGAUAUCGGAAACUUUGCCAAGUGAAAGGGCUUAUUGCAUGACAUGGUGAACUACAAGCAAGUUCUGCAAGCUCCAGUUUUGUAAUUAGUGAUCACAACUCAUCAUAAGUUAUCACAAAACAUCUAUCAUAAGUCCUCAUCAACUCAAUCACAUCAUUUCAAGAACAAGUCAAUCACAAGUCAUCACAAGGCAAUCACAAGUCUUUCAUAAGUCAUCUAGUGUUCUGUAACAAGUCAUUCGAGUAGCAUGUUACCUGAUGAUGUAGUUUGACUUGUGAUCGACUUGAGAUUGACUUGUGAUUGACUUGAUACUCAUAUACUCUAGCAGUUAUAUUUUUAUGAUAGGAGUAGAGAAUAUAUCAGAUUUUUUUUCACGUUUUGUUCCUGGUUUUAGUGUUCAUGACCCAUUCCAAAUGGUAAUUAUUUUUUUCCCCUGCUUUUUUGUCUUUUGUGCUAUUUUAUCUGUUUCUUCUUUUUUUUCUCGCCAAAAUUGUCAAGUUUAGUCAACUAAACCACCAAAGAUGUGGAUGGCAUUUUAACUGUUUUUCAACCAUUUUAAAUUUGCAAAAUAUAGCUGCAAUGCGCGUAGUCUGGUUCCCAGACCAAAUGAUGCUGACUAUUUCUGAUCAAUUACUGACAAGGAGAUAACGUUUUCAAUUUUGUACACAACAUAUAGGAGUACACAUGUAUUUUGAAUCGCUAGCAAAUUCCAUGCGAGCGCUCUGAUUGGUUCAGAUUCUAGAGUGUAUUCUAGCCGGAAGAUCAUUCUCACUACUUCAAGGGUUUGUGAUUUGUGUUGUAUAACAUUACAAAAUUAUAGGGCAUACACGACUGAAAUAAAUCAAGUAUAUCACAAUGAUACAUUUUAAUUUCUAUACACAAUCGACCAAGCUGAGUGUAUUGGUCGUUAAAACGUCACCAGAUCUGCAAACAUGUCCCUGACGUACUGAGAACUCCCCAUGUAACGGAAUGAAUGAGUCCUCAUUUGCAUAGUGGUGCGCGAUUGGAUCUCACCGCAAAAAUGUACUGCAUAUGUAUUGCGCUGCUUGCAUUAUAUGAAUAACGGUGCGAGAAUGUAAUCGUCAAGUCAAGGCCGAUUAUACAUACUAGUCUUAUACCAGCCGCGUCAAUGGAGUUCGACUGAAGUUCACAGACAAAAUACGACUAUCUAACGACUUGUCAUCAAGUCUAGGACAGAAGCAGAAUGAGCCCAACCUCGUACCCAGGGUGUCGAACAGUACGCGCCCACCACUACCUGCUCUCUCACCCUGGUAUUGGAUCAUUUGCAUUUGCAAGAUUUUUGAACACGUAUGCAAAUUAGGAGUAGUCUGGUGCCUGCCUGUGCGUUACAUUUGCGUUUGUUUUUGUAUGCGGUGUCUGGGGUAAAAACAGAAGCAGUUUGUCGCAGUGCGAGCAUUACGUGAGUUACAAAAACACGAUUUCAUUUUAAUUAAACUGUUACGAUCUUAACGAGACAACAUGCAGUAUCACAUUUCAUAUUAAUAUUAACAAACUGGAAAGGAAAUGAAUAUUUUCGAGAAGGCGUGG